AUGAGGAAGAUUACGACAGCCAAUGAGUCUGAGCGACUGAACUUACCACGAAAUAGAGCACGGCAAGGAGAUGCGAGCUGCUGGAGCCACCACUGGACUCGCCGAGUAGGAGUCGAAGGCGCCCUUGUCGCCUCGCAGCCGAGGAGGGCCUGCCCUGGCGGCCUCCGGACGGCGCGACCAGCAACGGCAACCUGCCCGGCGGCGCGGCCCUGCCCCGGCAGCCAGAAGGCAUCGUGGCCAGACCUGGCGCAGCCCUGCCCCGGCGUCGGACGGGCGGAUCUACCAGCUCCAGCGGCCAGCCCAGACGGAGGUGCUUUGCCCGGCACAACUUCUUCCCCGGCGGCCAGCCCUGGGUGGCGCGGCCAGCCCCGAAGGCAGUGCUAUGCACGGCUUGCAUUCUUCCCCGACAUCUACGGCAAGGAACCAUGGCGGGUUGGAGGAUUGGAGCUGGGGCGGAGUACGGAGAGGAGCUGGAGAGAAAUGGGGAAGACAGUGAAUUGUGAUGCGCAGCUGUAG